AUCGGCUCCUUUUGCACGGCCAUGGGUCGUAUCUUCUACUUGGCGUAUUCCGGCCUUCAUGCCUUCAUUGCGCUGUUGAUUCUUGUUUAAUCCUUUGGCCGUUAAACUUUUGUUUCUCAAAAGUUGGAACUUUUGGCCUGGGGUUGUUGUCAUAGUAACAAGCGGUGUGACCGUCCUCAAGACUCGCUGAUCUGCGCUGGACUUUCUGAAAGUCAUCCGACGCUUGACUCGGACCUUGUUGGGGGGAAGGAAAACGUUACGUUCAGCAGCUGCUUCUACUCAAGUUGGACUGCACUUUAGAUAAUGAUGCUAACGAGUUGAUGAAAAACUACUCCCGCUUCACAAUCUGUUGUUCACGACAAUGAAUUCCGAAGACACUAGCUUUCUUGAUAUCUUAGCAGCCGUCGCCGAUCACGAACAACCUCUUGCGGUGAACACCGCGUCUGCGGAAAUGGACAAGGAUUCCGACACUGUACCUACUCCCGCGGACGCUGAACCAACCGAUGAGGAUCUGCUCUCGCUAUUUCCAGCCCAUCCGCCAGAACUGCCUGUGGAAGAGCAGAUCGCCGCUGAAGAAGAAGAAGACGACGAAUUGGCCGCAAUUUUUGCCGAUCCACCACAUAUGACGUCCACAGCACCUAAAAUAGAUGUUUCCGCUCCAAUACCUUCCCAUAGUCCUAUAUCUCCCGCCAUAAUACCAUCCGCAACUCUCUCUUCAGCAACGGCCCAGGCGCCGACGUCGAUGAUUGCGUCCUCUUCGAUACCUUCUCAAACAACGAUUCAAUCUCCAGCGCAUCAUAUACAACCUAGGGGAAGCCUUCCCGGUACGCCAAUGACUUCACGAUCGUCUACUCAAGCACCAACUGCGUAUACUUCACCCAUGUCCACUCUUGCUCCGGGGAUGCCGGCGCCGUCGAUAGCGAGCCCCGUCACUCUGCCAAAAACACCUGCAUACCGACCAUCCCCCCUCUCUGGAGCACGACCCUCACCCGCCCCCUCAACCCCCACCACUGCCCCCGUGUCACUUGGUCCUCAGCAGCUCCUACAAAAUCUUUUGAAGCAGGUACCUGCUGAGAGACAUCCCGAAUUUCUCGAGCUGUAUAGACAACUACAGAGUAAAAUGCUCAACAAUGACCAAUUUCUUGAUCGAGCAAAAGGCAUGCUGAACGUUGCUGCAGCAAGGCAGCCCAGCAGCCCCAGCCCAUAUACCAAAGGACCAUUAUCGGCACAGACAUUUGGGGCACCAGGUGGUGUAGGCCCAGUUCUGGAUGAGAUGAGGAAACGGCAGGCGGAGGCAGCUCAAUACGCGUCCCCACUCGGCGCGAAACGGAUGAGGCCUGACAAUUUUUCAACACCAGGGCGCGUGUCAAUGCAAUUGAAUAUGGCUUCACCAUUAUCCAAUGCUGCUGGAGUUCCAGUCGGACUCUCUCCUGCUAUGCAAUAUCGUCCAGCAGCUUUUGGAACUCCUCGUCAGCCGGGUCCGGCGAUGUCCGUUAGAUCUGCAGAUGAAAUUGACCCAACUAAACUGGAUGUUCAGAGUAUGAUGGACGCGACGAGUUACACCGGUGUCAAUAUCCGGGAGGAAGAGGACAAUAUCAUGAGUACGGUCAUGAUGCCUUCAGCUGGCCAGUACCAAGUUCCUGGAUUAAGUCGAGUGAGGGAUCAGUCUUUCCUCAACAUACCCGCGCUGCGCAAGAAAGUGGAAGCAAUAGCAAAGGAUUGCAAUGUUUCGCACGUGGAAGCGGAUCUUCUCUCUUACAUCGCACUAGCAACUCAGGAACGAAUGCGAGAUCUAAUGGAACGGAUGGUGGUUGCAGCAAAGCACCGUACAGGCUUGAUGCACGAAUACUUUUUGAAACAGGAGAGAGAACGGAUUGCCAAAGGCCAGGAAGGAUUGGAGUUGCAAGUGGUGAAGCGAGAUGAUGUUCGCAGAAAGCUGGCAGUGAUAGAACGAAGGGAACGUGAGCAGGAGAAAAAGUUGAAGGCGUUGAGGGCCGCGACCGAGGAAGGCAACGUUAAUCCAGAAGUGGAUGGUGCGGAUAGCGCCCCGGCGGGAGGGAAAGUCGGCACUGUGGGGACCGCUGGUGCAUCCAAAGACAAAGAAGAGGGAGUGAAAAAGAAGAAAAAAAGUGUCAAGGAAAAGGAUAUGCCUGAAGAAAUCAAGAUGAAGCUGGCCAAUCAAGCUGUAAUGGCUGCGAUAGGUGGUACACCGUUGAAGAGCUGGAUGAUUGCGGGUACAGGCGGAGGGAAUGCAAGUAAUGGUGCAGGGGGAACGUCACUGAAGGUAGCCUCGUCUUCGAAGAAGCGAAAGUAUGACGGGGAUGGCACGAAUCGAUCUGGAGGAUUGGUUGGUACAAUCUCGUCGUCUACCCGGCUUCCUGGUACCGCAGGCGGUAGGCGCGGAACGGCGGCGGAGCAGGCGAUGCGACGAGUGACCUUGCGAGAUGCGCUGUUCUGUCUGGAGGCAGAUCAUGCCAUGACAAAAAGCCCGCUUGUGUAUAAAUGGUGGGCAAAUGUAACUUGACUGGCAGAACAAAAUGUGCAUAAAUACCCUUGGAAGCAUCAGAGCUGCUACCGUCGCCUUUCACAUGUACGGCAUUUUGCCUUUUCAACAGCAAGUGCCCACAUUCAACCCAAAUGGAAAUGGUGCAAA